GACUGCGGCUCGACGCGCGUCCAGAUCGCGCGGCUCACGGUGGAGAUCGACGCGCUCCGCCUGCACUGCGCGUCGCACCCGAAGGACGAGCACUCGAAGCGCGGCUUCCAGGCCAAGCUCUCCGCGCGGACGCGGCUCCUCAAAUACCUCCGCCGCGAGAGCCCGCAGGACUACGCGACGACCCUCACGACGCUGGACCUCAAG